CAAAGAUGCAAACCGUGAAAGUCACCACUACUAAAGAACGAUUUUUCUCUCAGAUUUGACCAGUAUUUUAGAGGAAUGUUCCACACCAAGUUCCCAUGAACUUCUUUCGGCACGGAUACCAAAGAUUCAUUGCAUUCGAUCUGUUCGCCCUGGAAGAGCGAGGAAUUGGAGGAUCGGACGUUUAUACAUUCCACCACGAUGGAACCAGAAAAGAGAAAGGGUAAAAGGGUCACUGCUCCGGCAGAUAGCCACAAAUCCCACACAUCAAGCAGUAAAUCUGGAACAGGUACCACCAAUUUGAAAAACAGCCACCAAAAACCCACAGAUUUGGAAAUUCACACCACGGCAGUCAAUGGCUCCCCUAAUACCACAACCUCGGACGACCCCGAAACCCCCACAAAGACACCAUCCGCACCCCUACACACAGUUUUCACCCGCCCCCAACGUACCUUCAUAAUAAUAAUGAUCACCCUCGGCUCAUUCUUCUCCCCACUCAGCGGCCAAAUCUACUUCCCCGCUAUCCCCGAUAUCGCAAACGAUUACCACACCACCACGGGGCGCAUCAACUUGACAAUAACAACAUACAUGAUCUUGCAAGGCUUAGCGCCCACGAUUAUUGGCACAUUCGGCGACACCACUGGCCGACGUCCUGCAUACAUCCUUACGUUCGCCAUCUACCUCGCCGCCAACAUUGGGCUCGCGACGCAGAAAUCCUACGUCGCGUUGCUGGUGUUGCGCUGCCUUCAGAGCGCGGGCAGCAGCGGCACUAUCGCGCUAGGGUACGGUGUAAUGUCUGACAUCGUGACGCCCGCGGAGCGAGGGAAGUAUCUUGGCCCAGCUGCUGCAGGCAUAAUGCUAGCGCCCGCUAUUGGGCCGACGAUUGGGGGGUUGUUGGCGCAGUAUCUGGGGUGGAGGUCGAUUUUCUGGUUCCUAGUCAUCAUUAGCGGGAGCUACUUGGUCGUGUAUGUGCUCUUCAUGCCCGAGACGUCGAGGAAGGUUGUAGGAGAUGGGAGUAUUCCGCCGUCGGAUUGGUGGGUGAUGAGUCCAUUUCAGCACUGGAAUGCACAGCGGGAGAAGAAGAGGGCGAUUCGUGAAGGACGGGGUAGCGAAAUCGAUGAGAAGGAGAAGAAGGCACGGGAUCUAGCGAAGAAGCGCAAAUUCCAGUUUCCGAACCCGCUGAGUUCGGUCGUGAUACUAUGCGAGAAGGAUGCCUGCAUCGUCAUUUGUUUCAUUGCGUUGGGCAUGUUUGUUCUGAUGGCCCAAUUGGCAAGUUUGCCCACCUUGUUCGGUGAGGUGUACGGUUUUAACACCUUCAAAGUCGGCCUCUGCUACCUACCCGUUGGCGGCGCCGCAAUCUUCGCUGCCUUCCUCAACGGCAAGCUGAUGGACUGGAACUACCGCCGCUGGGCCAAAAUGCUUAACCUCCCACUCGAAAAGAAACGCAGCACCGACCUGCGCAACUUCCCCAUUGAAAAAGUGCGUUUGCAGCCCGUCUUCAUAUUCGCACCGCUUGUCGCAGCAACCUAUAUCCCAUUCGGCUGGGUACUGCAGAAACGUGUUAACAUCUCCGUGCCGCUGAUACUGGAGUUCAUAAUGGCGUACUCCCAAGUGUCUUGUAGUAAUAGUUUGAGUUCGCUGUUGGUAGAUUUGUUCCCAGAGAAACCGUCGACUGUGACGGCAGCGAGUAGUUUAGUGCGGUGUUGGGUUGCGGGCGCGGGGACGGCUGUUAUUGCCUACAUGCUAGAUGGGAUGGGGUGGGGGUGGUGUUAUAUUUUCUUGGGGCUAAUUUUCGUUCUUGCGACGUCUUUGCUUUGGGUAGAGUAUCAAUGGGGAAUGGGUUGGAGGGAGAAGAGGCGGCAGAGGGAAGAGAGGGAAAAGGCACAGAAAGAAGAACAG